AGUAGAACAUGAACUACCUGAACAGGAAAUCCAGUUUAUAACUGCAAAAAUUCCGAAUACUACUACGCCAGAAAAAAAAUUUAAAAAAUCACUAAAAAUGUUAACAUUGACUGACGAGCAAUUUGAAGUACUUUAUGAUCUAGUAGAAGACGAUGAAAAUGGAUUUGUUACCAGGCGUACAGUAGAACGCUACUUAAGGAAGAAAAACAGUGGAUUGAAGCAUAAGCUAUCUACAUCGGAUAUCAUAUAUAUUUUUAGAAAAUUAAAUCAAUCUUGUUAUUCAAAAGACAGAUAUAUAAACUUAAUGGAUAGACCACAUUUAACUUAUUCGUAUUUAGAAGAAACGUUUUAUAUGACACCAAAAAGCGAUGUACAUGAAAUGUUGUCGGGUACGUGUAUUGUAAAAUUAUCUUUAGCAUUAUAG